GGUAAGGUAAAUUCUAACAGCCAAAUACCUUUCCAAAAAACAUGAUUUUUUUUCUCCGAUAAUCUCUCUAGCCUGUAGCAUUGCAUCUGCCCUUGAAAAAAGCAGACAAAAAGAAAAGAAAAGAAAAAACACAUACACCAACCUUUAGUUCAUGUGUCUCGGUGUCAGCAACAUUAUCAAAGGACAGGAAUCUGAAAGAGAAACCUGCAAUAACAGCAAAAACCUUGGAAGCUAGAAGAAACAAACCCUUCUUUCUGCUGCCUAACAUGGAUGCCAAGGAAGACCAAAACACUUCCCCUAAGCCUCGGCUUCCAAUCUCCGACCCAGUUCCCCUUAAUACUUAUCCCAGGAUUAGGAGAAGGAAGCCAAAUAUGUCCAAGCUAAAACUGACCCAGAUCCAUGAGAAGUCUCCAGAACCUGAGUACAAGACUGGUCAUGAACUCCAGGUGUUGUAUGAUAAAUCAGAGGAAUCAAGGGAGCCCAGAAGCCGUAAGCGAAAGAAAGACGCGUUCAGUGUAUUCUAUGAUAGUACCGAAACUAAGUCUCCUGCUAUGGAACUGGCAGAAGAGAUUCGGGCAAAUUUAGAAGCAGCAUAUCCUAGCUUUGCAAAAACUUUGGUCCGUUCAAAUGUGACUGUGGGGUUUUGGAUGCAUCUUCCCAUGCGGUUCUGCAAAAUGCAUUUGCCAAAGAAUGACACGACAGUUUUUCUGGAAAAUGAAAGUGGGGAAGAAUACAUACUAAAUUACAUUGCAGAAAGGACAGCACUGAGUGGCGGAUGGAAAGCAUUCUGUGCUGCAAACAAUUUACAUGAGGGUGAUGUUCUUGUUUUCCAUUUAUUGAAACCUUCAAGGUUUAAGGUGUACAUUGUAAAAGGAAAUGGUUCCUCCCAAGCAGAUGGGGAGUUUGGCAUUCCAAGUUCAGAUGCUUAUGGAAAAGAAAUCAUCUCUAAACCAGAUGAAAAAGAUGUACAAGGCGGUAAAAAGGCCAAGCAUUUGGAGCUUCUUCCAGCUGGCCAUCUGGAAGAGAAUAAUCAAGAGAAUGGCCUGAUUGUAGUGGACAACAAUAAAGGGUACGCUGCCAGUCAAUCUGAGAAUGAAAGUGAAGAUCGUGCCUCCGAAACUUUGGGAGUCAUCAAACUUUCUGGAUCCACUGUUGAUUUUGACAAUUUUGAAGGCAUUGAAAAUUUCAGCGUUCUCUUAAACGGUUUUGCUAUAGACUCUGAGCUCUCAGAACAUCACAGGAUUAAGUACUAUGAGCUAUGUCGCUCACAAAACUCAUUUCUGCACAGCAAUCUUCUCAACAGUAUUAAUCAUAAAUUGGCAGCUGAAAUAAUAAUUGGGACUGUGGACAUUUCAGAGGAGAUUAGAUCUUCAAGGCUUUCCAGCUCCCAUGCUGAUUAUGGAGUUUGGGACAAGACUUUGAAAGGCUUUGAGAUGUUUGGCAUGAAUGUUGGAUUUUUACGUGAGAGGUUAAGCCGGCUGAUGAGCCUUGCUCUGGAAUCAGAAGAGGCAAUGGAAUCAGAAUGCAGAGAAGUUAAACUUGAGCAAGCUCGUAUAGAUUCAGAGAUGAAAAGUCUCGAAUUGAGGCUUUUGAAAUUAAAGGAGACGAGGGAGAGACUUGAUGAUGAGAUAGAGGCCCUAAAGGAGAAUGCUGAGAAGCAUGAGCUUAUGUUUCAGGAAGCUGUCAGUGCCCCAUGGUAAAGAGAAUUGCAAUAAUGGGAAACAUUUAUCAUGCUAACAGGAUGGUCUUAACAACAUUGAUGCUGAGUUGUCAACAAAAACAGUGUACGAGUACUGUAAUUCCAUGUUUUAAAUUAGCUGUAACCAUGUUAGUGAUUUGCAAAGGGAGAUGUUGUAGCCAGCACUGUAAUCAAAUAUAAAAUUAUUAAACAUUCUCAGAA